AUGUCAAUGGCUAAAUUUGAUAAAUUGAAAAAUAUAACUGGGAAAAUAGUCUGUGAUAAAAGCGAAUUAAAUUUAGGAAUUACUUUGAAAGGAGGUCAAAGUUUUAGAUGGAAAGAAAUAGAAAAUGGUGAAAAGUAUCGAGGAAUUUUCGCUGGUGAAUUAUGGACACUUCAUCAAGAUGAUCAUUAUAUUUAUUACAAAACACAUGGAUCCAAGUUAAAAAACUCGAUAGAUUGUGAGAAGGAAUUAUUUAAAUACUUUAAUCUUCAUAUCUCUUUGAAAGAUAAUUUAGAGAUUUGGUCUAAAAAUGAUGAAAAUUUUAAAAAUUUUACUAAUAUUGUUGAGGGUGUUCGUAUAUUAAACCAAGAUAUGGUAGAAAAUAUUUUUUCAUUCAUUUGUAGUGCUAAUAAUAACAUAAUUAGAAUUACUGGAAUGAUAGACAAAAUGUGUGGUCAUUUUGGCAAUAAAAUAUGUAAAUUAAACAAAGAAUUUUACUACGAUUUUCCAACAAUUGAAUCCCUUGCACAAGAUAAUGUUCAGUCUGUAUUGUCAAAAGAAGGAUUUGGUUACCGUGCUCCUUACAUUCAUAAAACAGCCAAGAGAUUAGUUGAACUUGGUGGUCGCAAGUGGUUAGAAAAUCUUCACAAAGAUCAAGGAGCAGAGUAUGAAAGUGUAAGACAAACAAUUCAAGUUUUGCAAGGAGUAGGUCCAAAAGUUGCUGAUUGUAUUUGCUUGAUGUCAUUAGGACAUUUGGAAUCUAUUCCAGUGGACACACAUAUUUAUCAAGUUGCUCGAGAAUUUUAUUUACCUGAUUUAAAAGAAGUUUCAUCGGUAACUCCGACGAUGUAUCAAGAAAUCAGUCGCCAUUUACGCUCCAAGUGGGGACCACUGGCUGGAUGGGCGCAAGCUGUUGUAUUUUGUACUAGAAUUAAGAGUAAUCCAAUUAAA